AUGGGUAAAAUUCGAGUGAUGAGCACCAAAGUAGUAUCUCCAUUAUCGCAGGAAAACCACAACACCCACAACAUGAAGUUUUUGACCUCCAACUUUGUCAGAUGCGCAGUUAAGACGUGUGACUCUUCUGCCGACGCAUUUCCUCUACAAUUUUCCGACUGCCAGCUUGUGCAAGAAGAACAAGAGUACAACCCAGAAUUCAUUGUCCACAUGUUGGACAGAUUGGACUGGGACGCCGUUUUGAAAGUGGCCAAGGACCUAGGCAACGAGCAGCUUCCUCCGGUCAAGCCCGAGAACUUGAACGCCAUCAUGGAGGACGACCAGGCCAUCUUGAAGGAAUUGCAUACUUUGCUUGUGGAGACGCAAAUCAUCGAGGGCAAAAUGACCUGCCGCAACUGCAACCACGUCUACUACAUCAAGAACUCCAUCCCCAACUUCUUGUUGCCUCCACAUCUCUGCUGA